CAAACCCCUCGCCACCAGCUCACUCUCCCAUAUACCCCACCCGUCGUAGGGUAUGCAGUGUGCUCUCUCUCUCUCUCUCCUUCUCUGUAUCUCACGCUAUAUCUCUGUCCACCAAACCACACACCGAUGACCGAAUUUGUCUCGCAGGGGCGAAAGAAAUUUGUUUAAUUUUAGCCAAACACAUCCACCGACGCAACCCUUGGGCUGUUGCAGCGCAGCCAAACCCGCCACAGAGAUGGAAGUGGGUGGGUGGCGGGAAAGCCAUCCAUUCACCGAAUGGUUUUUCUUCCCAUUUUCCGCAUUUGUAUCUUUCGUUUUUUUUUGUGUGUCUCUCGAUUUAAAAAAGGCAUCAACGGUCCGUUGCUUUCCCCUUUUCCCCGCUCCUCUGAACAGUUUUCCUCACUCUACACCUCUCUCUCUCUCUGUCUCUAUCCCUCUCUCACACUCUCUCUCUUUCUCUCUCUGACUCGACUAGCGACAAAUGCGACAAAAAUCCCAGUCAAAUUGUUGCUAACACUCACCCCAUGCCGGGGCCGCCGCAGACAGAAAGCGGCGGCGGCGGCGCAACAACCCCUCGGCAUGACGCGCCGCGGAAAAUUAAGCAUUUUUCCUUCGCUGUUUCGCCCACGAUCGUGUGUAUGACAUUUGCGAGUUGGAUGUGGGGGGUGGUGAAAAGGGCAGUAGACGGCAGCAGCAGGACACACCAAACCAAACCAAUGGGCCGGACCGUGUCGACGUGCCGGUCCAAUUAGUUUCACCAUCACCGGGCGGCCCCUGGACCCAAGAAAGUACGGGAACGUUAUGCCGGCGGCGCGCGGUGCAAAUGAAUGGGGGCCCAGCGGUUGCACUCCCGGCAGCAACAACACCGGCGGUGGUGGGCGUGCAUGCAAUUUAGGUGGCAGUGCGGCGCGACGGUCGCGAUCGGAUCGGAACGGUGGCGCGGGCGAUAUCUGGUGGCGAAAAUAAAGCAGGUGAUCCCAGCAGAAGGAUCACCAAUUCGAGUUUUAACCAUUUUCCGGUAAACUCAAGUGUUUCGACUGUAAUUGUAGUUUACAGGGUAUUCGAGGGGUUGUCAUAGUUGUCGGACACUUCCUUGACUCUUUCUUAUGGGAAAUGAACUGCAAAUGAAGGAUAUUGGACUGUAUGGCAUCGUUUUUGGAGAGACUCCUUGGAAAUUCCUAUUGGAUUUGUCUAACAACAGUGCUAUAGAGUCCAAUUAAGUUCAUUAAGUUCAUUUCGCGUAAGAAAGAGCCAAUGAUGUGUCCAACCGCUAUGAGUACUCCUGGAAAACCUUGUAAUGUUAUGGUUAGAUAGAAAACAAGCAGCAUCCUAUACUGUAAUUAGAACGGUUUGGUAACUCACACUAGUCUAAAAGAAAGACAAAGUACCAAUUAUAGCACUCAAUUUCAUUGUUUAGCUACAAAAAGGUCCAUUUUGCAAGGAAAAUACACUAUAAUCUAGAUCAAUAAAUUACCCAUUCAACAAAUUUGCCAGUACAACACACAGCGCUUGUAACGUUUGUACGACUUUAUGCAUCAUUUUCUGCCGCCUGAGAGCUGAACGAUUGUUCCGAUCCGAUCGACGUGUCGCAUUCGAUUAGUUUUCCCCCGAUCCAUACCCCACCCAGUAACACCCCUCAUACACACAAUCGUACAGAGCGAAUCAAGUUGAUCAAGCUCGCGGUUGUGUUGGUGGUUUCCGUUAAUUGCGAUUACGAUCGCGCGGUGUGUGUUUGGCGGUGUAGCUCGCACGCUUGCACAAGAUGGACGGCGGCGGUUUGUGUGAGUGCGAGCUACCAGGUAAAGCAGGUUCUCUUAUCUUAUCACACCGAAAGAUGGAGUGCAGAGCAUCUUUGAGAGAGGCAAGGCAAAUGAGAGAGAGUGUACUUCGAGCGUCGUUUGUUGCGUUAAUCAAUGCUUAGGCCCAUCGACAACUGUAAGUUGCUCAUCACGCGUGAUUAAUUUUACGCGAUGCCUAUAAACGAAAUGAUGCCGCCGAGGCUUGUUAGGACGCGGUCUCGCCACACGAUCCGUACGCACAUAGAUUAUGCAACAGGGCCUGAGCGGACAAGCGCCCUAGCGCGUAGCCGAAUGCUGCAGAAGAAACACGCGUUGACACCGAUAAACCCGCGCCGUGCGAACACCUUACUCGAUAAUUAGCAAAGGCGCAAACGGUUUGGAAACCACACCAAACGCGCGCGGCGUGUCACCAACACCAACACCUCACAAAAACGUACUGACGCAAUGGGUUCUGCACGGUUCUCCACACCGUCCCGCUAUCCCUUUCCGCGAUCGACGUGUGCAAACUGCGUCAGAGCCGACCGCCCGUGUUCCGUUGUGCCAGCGCAGCACAGCGGACCAAUUAGAGCCCCCCAGCGGCUCUGCAGCGUAGAAUUGAUUCAUUAAACAGCGUCUUUUUAGGGGGGAAGGGUUGUCGUGCUAGUGGCCACUAGUAGCGGCGGACAGCCUCGUUUGCUGGAGUCACGCUGGACCGGACCUUCAAAGGAGAUGCGCUGCAGUCGUGCAGUGGUGGAGUAGAGAGAUCCAGUGCUGCUUCACACACCAUUAGCAUUGCGAUAAAAAUUGCUACACCAAACUAGACGGCGACGACUCCGCGCGCACACACACCCACCCACCGGACGCUGGCUCAUUCGGGGUUUCGGGGACACAUGUCUCGUCUGUCGUGCUAAGUGACCGUGCACACACACACACAUGAGUAUGCACCACCAUCAGGUUAUCUAUGCAAACAGUGCCGACCUUCGUGCCGGAGGAGGUAAAAAUUGGACCAUCUCGCGCACCACAAACACCAUCAUCCUGGGCCGGUGUACGGGUCUUGUUGGAGAAAAAGCGGAGUAUUUUUAUCUACGUUCUACUGCAAGAGCGUUACGGCUGUGCCUCAUGGACACAGGGUGAGAUAUGCGUCAACACGUUAAGCAAGCGCUCAAGGAGUUGCAAGGAACACACUCGUGCACACUGCUGCGCGGACUGCUUAUCGAUCCUGUACGGACAACUAAGUAACAGCUGAGUAUUUCAAUACUUUAGAAUAUUGUUCAACAAACUAUCUACAAUCUUCGCGUUCUUCAAUCUCGAAUCAGACAAAUACGGCAAAAGUCACACUAUCGAUUUCAAUCAUAAAUGCAGCUCCAAUGUAUCUUCCUUUUCCAAGGAUUUCAGAGAUAAUAAUUGCGAUGCACUAUGCCUCAGAGUACUAAAUGUGUUUGCGUAAUUGAAUUCAUUACUCCACAACACUACCACCUGGACUAUUCCGAAAAAAUAUAGCAACAAUUAAACAAACAUUAAACCUUGACGUAUGCAAUUAUAAUCCACACAUUUGAUUAGUGCGAUAACGAACUAAUCAAACUAAUAAGUUGAGUGCAAUUUCCUCUCCGGUUCUUAACUUUCUUACGAUGCAACGACCAUUUGGCAAGAGAAUGUUACGCAAGAUGCAUCACUUGCUCUACCUUUACGCACUGACAAACGUAGCUACUGGCUUUACACUACUAUCGCCACUGCUUUCUCAGAUCGUACAGCGAGAAUGUAACACUCCCGGAAUUGUAGAUCUGCGUGUGUUGUUCGAUUCUUCGCUUGCAGUGGACGGCAUCUUGAAACCUGCCACCAACCAUUCCAACCACUGUACGGGAGCAAUCAUUCUUCAACAGCUAUUCAGCAACGUUUCCUUCGGACAUCAUCUACGCAAAAGCCGACUGAACGUGGUGCAUAUUUCCAACCUCACGGAAAACAAUCUGCAACACAUUGGAGCCUACAUUAAACAGUCCGCCUACUAUGACUGGGGAGCGAAGUAUCUGUUCCAUCUACCUUCACUGACUGCUGAUCAGCUAAGAAACUUCACAGCAAUCGUAACCAUCCUUACCGGACAACGGCUGUACAACAAUCUGUUUGCGAUCAAUCAUAAACAUCUCCUUACCUUUAACGUACUGAACAGCGCCAUUCACCGCCACAAUCAGAUCCGUGCAGCAGUGCAGGACCUAUUCCGGGAUAAGUUCCGCCAAAUGCAUCGCUACCAUCUGGAGGAUCUGAUCGAUGUAGAGAUUUAUCCGUUUCACUUCGUUAUUUACGGAAAAUUUAAGAUAUUCAACCGGGAAGCUUACUUCAUCACCAUGGCCGCCGAUCGGCUUAACCUAUCGAUGGUGGAACGUGAGGAUCAACUAAACUUGGUCUUCAAACAUCAGUUCAAGGAUCACGUAAAGGAAAACAGUAUCAUCGUCACCUACGGUCACAGUGAGGGAGAUUUCCGGCGCAUAUGGACCAACGAUAUGGAAGGUCUGUGCAUAGUGGUUCCGGCUGCGAAUAUUUUAACCAUUUUCAACGACUUCAUCGAUCCUUUCGAUCGGCACAUCUGGCUGCUAUGGUUGGUGUGUAGUGAGCUAACGGCUAUCGUUUGGACGGUUGUUAAGUGCGUUCAAUCUCCCACCGCUAGAACACCGAUCGCGUUCCUCCAGCAGUACGGUGGACUUCACCUGGUUUUGCUGCAGUGUUGCGUCCUUGCACCGCCAGAGCUUAAGCGCAUUCGCAAAGUAGAGCAGCUGCUUCUGUUUUGCUACAUUCUGGCCGUUUUCCACAUCGUCACGGUGAACCAUGGUGGCAGCAGUUCGAUCUGGGCAAAGGAUGCCACCAUACCGGGGUGGGUGAAGGAGACGUUAGGGGCCUUUUAG